UGCAUGAGUGGAUUAGGCGUCUGACCUCCAUUGUCAUCAAACAACUCACCUGGUAAUACUCUCCAUUAAUGACUUGUUACUUUUCUUAAUCAAAAACCCCAUUUUCAAGAUUUGCAGUUCUUCACACUGUUCAUCGCUGAAUUUGGUUCUCUAUAUUUCCAUCAUAUUUCGUAGAGUAAAACCCAUUUCAUCGUUUUGUAUUAUUCCCCUGUUUUCUGUCGUCAAAAACCCAGUUUAAAGAUUUGUAUUUCUUCAUUGCAUUCAUCACCAAAUUGGGCUUCUUUUAAAAGAUUCGAAUUUUACUAAAGUUUUUGCUACCAUCGGUUUUAGGGUAGAUUUCUUUUGUUCCAUUAGGAUAUUCUUAGCUUAAUGACACAGCCGUGGUCUUAUCUUGGGGCUUAAUUUAUGUAUUCAUUGUUUUAUAAUCAUGUUAUUGUAGAAAAAGAGGCAAUUUUUGGGGGGGUUUACAGUAAAUCUUGGUGGUGAGUUGAAUUGAAUGGAUACAAGAAGUUUAUUGGAUAACAAUGGUGAUAAGUUAUUCCCAAAUUCUGGAAUAGGGUUUCUUUGGUGUUCUAGAGAUGAUAAUCUUUCUCAAUCUGGGAGUUUAUUUGCAAGUGUUGGGCAGACUGGUAGGGGUGAUUUUGGAAGAAUAAACCCUAAUUCAAGAAACUCCACAAAUCUAAAUGAUGAUGAAGGUGUCAAGCUUCCAUGUUUGUCGAAGGUUGUUUCGACACCGGAGUCCAGUUUUAUGGCGGUUCGAGUGCCAAAAAUGGAGGCAAAUGGGGAGUGUGAGAAAGGUGGAUUUUCGAAGAAGAAAGAUGGGUUGAAAUUGAAGAUCAAGAUUGGGAAUCCUUCGUUGAGAAGGUUAAUUAGUGGGGCAAUUGCAGGGGCAGUUUCAAGAACAUCUGUUGCUCCAUUGGAGACGAUAAGGACUCAUUUGAUGGUAGGGAGUUGUGGGCAUUCUACUACUGAAGUUUUUCAAGAUAUCAUGCAGACUGAAGGUUGGACAGGGCUCUUCAGGGGCAAUUUGGUCAAUGUCAUUCGUGUCGCCCCCAGCAAGGCCAUCGAGUUAUUUGCUUAUGACACCGUCAAGAAAAGCUUGGCUCCUAAACCCGGAGAAAAGCCAAAACCCCGUGUACCCGAGUCACUAAUUGCAGGUGCUGUUGCCGGAAUCAGCUCCACCAUAUGCACCUACCCUCUCGAGUUACUGAAAACACGACUCACUGUUCAGAGAGGCGUGUACAAGAAUCUCGUGGACGCGUUUCUAAAGAUCGUGAAAGAGGAGGGACCCGCAGAACUAUACCGCGGCCUCACGCCAAGCCUAAUCGGCGUAGUCCCAUAUGCCGCUACAAACUAUUUCGCAUACGACACGUUACGCAAAACAUACAAGAAAAUCUUGAAACAGGAUGAAAUCGGGAACAUUGCAACUCUGUUGAUCGGAUCAGCGGCUGGCGCGAUCUCGAGUAGCGCAACGUUCCCACUGGAGGUGGCUCGGAAACAUAUGCAGGCGGGUGCCAUUAACGGCCGAGUCUAUGACAACAUGUUGCAUGCACUUGUAACCAUUCUGGAGAAGGAAGGGGUGAGAGGGUUGUACCGAGGGCUGGGACCGAGUUGUAUAAAGAUCGUGCCGGCUGCCGGGAUUUCGUUCAUGUGUUACGAGGCGUGCAAGAAGAUAUUGGUGGAGAAAGAAGAUGAGGAGCCGUAAGAACCCUAAACCCUAGACCCUAAACCGAAGGUUUUGGUUGUUUUUUGUUUGGUAAAAGAGAUCAAAGAUUUGGUUUAUGAUUAAAGAGAGAUUUUUUGGUAGGUGAGGAAGAAUUCAUGUGGAUUUUUGUAAAGAUUACCCAUAAAAACUCCACCUGCUGCUUUCUAUUUCUGCAUUUAAAC